UAGUUACAGUUUGAUUGCCGGAAAAUUAAGAUUUCGUAAUGAGCAUUACUAAUUCUUUAGUGUCGCGUUCAUUCCUUCACAAUGAUUUACUAUCGAUGGAUAUGGAAACAUUUUGCAAUUGCAGUGGUUAUAAUUUUGAUAUUACAACAACAUACUCUAAUUACUAUAGUCAAAAUAAGAAAAUUCAAAGUUCUAUUAAUAUUCGAAAUGGUUUUGAAGGUCUCAAUGAAAACUAUUCGCUCUUCGCAAACAACGUGACAGAACCGAAAAAUUCGUUGGUAUGGAAUUAUGAUAAUUACACACCGGAUCCACCAGCAGUAUGUGGCGUGCAAAAUUCUAAUGCAAAACAUUGCGAGUUUAAAAAACUCAAUGAGAGUAUUGCGAGUGUUGAAUGGAAUUCCUCACCACACAAUUUGACAUCGGACAACAAAAAUUAUAAAUUUCAAUUAUUAACAAAUUCAAAAGGCAAUAAUUUAGACUCUCCUUUGGCGACGGAUAUUAGUGAUGCCAAAUUAUGCGGAGUUUCUGUAAGUAGUAAUACCCGUAAUGUUGGUGCGAAUCGAAAAGAAAGAACUGCGUUCACUAAAGAUCAAAUAAGAGAGUUGGAAGCAGAAUUUUUGCAUUCAAAUUACUUAACACGCCUCAGAAGAUACGAGAUCGCUGUGGCUUUGGAUUUGACAGAACGACAGGUCAAGGUAUGGUUUCAAAAUAGACGCAUGAAAUGGAAGCGAAUUAAAAUGGAUUCCCUAGAGCUGCGUAAUGUAGAUAAAAAUAACCAAAUAUUUAUUUAAGAUUUUUUAAGUUUUUUUUUGUAUUAUUAUUUUGUAU